AUGAUAGUUGGUGAAACAGAUCCGGGAUACAUCUUUAUCGGCGUCCGGAAGUACAACGAAGCCGGCACCGCGCCGACAAUUUUCGACAAUAAUGGUGACAUGGUGUGGCAGGGCCCGCAGGGGGAGAACCUAGACUUUAAGGUGCAAAAGCUUUUCGGCCAGGAUGUGAUCACAUACUGGGAUGGACAGCCAGGUGAUAUGGUGUUAGGCUAUGGAGCAACGCAUAUCCUCGACAACACAUACAAAGAGAUCUACACUGUCACCCUGCACGACGACUUCCAGACGGCCGACGGCACAAAAUUUGACUCUUACAUAGAUGGCCACGAGCAUUAUAUUACGCCAGAUAAUACCAUGCUCGUCUCAGCCGUCAAUUUCACCAAGACAAAUACUAGCCAUCUUCAUAAUGGGUUGUCCACGUCGACCUCCGCAACUCAAGGCAGCUUCCAACUCCUCCCAUGCUCAGGAACAGAGCACAUGCUGCUAGGCUACGGAUCGAUACCCAAACUCAAGGAAUACGAUCGAGACGGCAACGUGGUUCUUAGAGGACAAUUUGGCAACAGCACAUAUGCGGCGAAUGCCUACCGAAUAUCCAAGUCCCCCUGGAGAGCUACUCCGCACUGGGAUCCUGUUCUUUUCGUCAAUCAUAGAACCGAGCAUACGACCGAUGUUUACAUGAGCUGGAACGGUGCCACGGAGUACGACAACUGGGCCAUUUUCUCAGUCCCAUCUGAGACUUCAACGUUUCAGGAAGAUCAACGCCUGCUAAACCAUGAGCGAAACGGGUUUCAGAUUUCCUGUGAACGCCUGUUGGUCCAUGAGCGAAAUGGGUUCGAGACUCACGUCCCUCUCGAGAAUGUCGACGCCAAGUUCAUCAUUGCUGUUGCCAGAGACGGUGAGAAGGUCUUGGGCAAGUCCUUCAUUAUGGAAUUUGCGUCAUGA